ACAAAAAAAAAAUUAAAAAUAAUAAAAUGUCACACUCGCGUCUGCGUUUGCGUUUGCUCACUCUCAUUUCCAUCCUCUUCAUCAUCACCACUACAACUACCGAUCUUGUCGCUGCUUCUCUCCGAUGUCGUCCCGACCAAACCGAAACACUUAAGCGUUUCAAAAACGAGUUUUCAUUCUCCAGCAGCUGCAGCGACGACGCCGACUUCUUCCGUGGUGUCACCUGCGAUAACGUGACCGGUGCGGUCACCGUUCUAAAGCUCCCCGGAGGAUGUCUACGUGGCACUCUCAGACCAAACAGUAGCCUCUUCGAGUUAAGCCAUCUACGUUACCUUAACCUCUCUUUCAACAACUUCGCUUCUUCUUCUUUGACCUCUGCUUUUGGUCAACUCAAAAAUCUUGAAAUCUUGCUUCUCUCCUCUAAUGGCUUCAUAGGUCAAGUUCCUUCCUCUAUACGUAACCACACCAAAUUAACCCAAUUGCAGCUUUCUCACAACAAGCUCACAGGUGAUUUAACCUCACUUGUACAGAAUCUAACAAAGCUUUCAGCUUUAGACCUUUCUUAUAAUCAAUUCUCUGGAACCAUACCUUCUUCUCUCUUUACUUUGCCUUUCUUGUCUUAUCUUGAUUUGAGUGAGAAUCAUCUCACUGGCUCACUUGAGAUCCCUAAUUUUUCCUCUUCUAAGCUCCAGAUUCUCAUGCUCUCUUUUCUACACUUAAGCCACCAAAUUGACUUGAGAAUCUUCUCUCCUCUCAAAUCUUUGUCAUACCUUCAUCUUUCCGGAAACAGUUUGACACCAACGAGUGUGGAUUCAGACAUCGACUUUACAAAGACCCUGAGGAUCUUGCUCUUGUCCGGAUGCAACAUAAGUGAUUUCCCCAGAUUCUUGAAGUCCCUACAGAAUCUAGAGUACUUAGAUCUCUCCGACAACAGAAUCAAAGGGAACGUUCCUGAUUGGCUAUGGAGUCUUCCUCGUUUGACCUCGCUGAAUCUUUACAACAACUCUUUCACCGGUUUCGAAGGUUCAUUGGAUCGAGUUCUAGCCAAUUCAUCGGUGCAGGUCUUAGACAUGGCUUAUAACUGUUUCAGAGGAUCAUUCCCUGAUCCACCACUCUUUAUCAUAAACUUGUCUGCUUGGAACAAUAGUUUCACAGGAGACAUUCCUCUCUCAACCUGUAACCGAACCUUUCUUGAUGUUCUUGAUCUGUCUUACAACAACUUCACUGGCUCAAUUCCUCCAUGUAUUGGUAAUUUCAACAUUGUGAAUCUCCGGAAGAACAAGCUUGAAGGAAACAUUCCAGACGAGUUCUAUAGCGGCGCUUCAACGCAGACACUUGACCUUGGAUACAAUCGACUAACCGGGAAGCUUCCGAGAUCUCUCCUGAAUUGCACUCAACUAAAGUUUGUAAGUUUGGAUCACAACAGAAUCAACGAUACCUUUCCCUUGUGGCUCAAGGCAUUGCCGAGUUUGAAAGUCCUUACUCUACGUUCAAACAGAUUCCAUGGUCCUAUAUCUCCACCUGAUGAUCAAGGCCCUCUUGCGUUUCCUAAGCUCCAGAUACUUGAAAUAUCGCAUAACAGAUUCACAGGAAGCUUACCAGUGAAUUACUUUGCGAAUUGGAGUGCAACAUCUCUCAAGACGGAUGAUGAAGAGAGGCUGUAUAUGGGUGAUUAUACGAGUGAUCGGUUUGGCUAUGAAGAAACUUUGGAUUUGCAAUACAAAGGUCUAUACAUGGAGCAAGGAAAGGUUCUUACUUUCUACUCGGCCAUUGAUUUCUCUGGAAACAAACUCGAAGGAGAGAUUCCAGAAUCUAUUGGUCUCUUAAAGGCGUUGAUCGCUCUCAACUUAUCAAACAACUCAUUCACAGGACAUAUCCCAAUGUCUUUCGGUAAUGUGACUGAGCUCGAGUCAUUAGACCUGUCAGGGAACAAAAUUUCAGGAGAAAUUCCACAAGAACUCGGGAGACUUUCGUAUUUGGCUUACAUAGAUGUCUCUAAUAAUCGGCUAACCGGUCAAAUACCGCAAGGGACACAAAUCAUAGGGCAGCCUAAAUCCUCAUUUGAAGGGAAUCUUGGGUUAUGUGGUCUUCCUCUUGAAGAAACCUGCUUCAGAGAAAAAAUACCAUCAACACAAGAGCAAGAAGAAGAAGAAGAAGAAGAAGCAAUUUUGAAGUGGAAAGCAGUGGCAAUAGGGUAUGGGCCUGGGGUUUUGUUUGGAUUGGCAAUAGCACAUGUUGUUGCAUUGUACAAGCCUGAGUGGUUCAUCAAGAACUAUGGUCAGGACAGGCUCAGAGGCAUCAGAUGCCUUUAGGGCUUUUUUUUUUGUAAUUUGAUUUUUGAAUGUGUAUACGUCAAGUUACUCAAAAACAUAAA